GUAUAUCCUGUAUGUAUAUCCCCGCAUCUCAUUCGGGUCUCAGUUAAAAAAGAGAGACUAAUUCAAUACCCAAAAAAUAAAUAAAAAGCAAAACAAGAAGAAGAACCUAAUGAGGAUGAAGAAAACAUUCACAACACCUCUUUUAUUCCAAUCAAAACUAGUUUGUUUCUCUCUUGUUUAUCUCUUCACAACUCUAUUUCUUGCUCUGCAUUCAUCGCUUUCCUCUACUAAAUGUAUGUUCAGAUCUUCACCCUUUGAUCCGAUCCAAACUCCACUGUUCUCUUACCCUACCACUUAUGGCGAACACAAAUAUGCAAUCCCAACCGUCCGUUCUUCAUGCAAUUCCCCUGUUUUCUUCUCAGAUUAUUGGGUCGUAUUGAAAGAGAUCCAAGAUUUCAUGCAGAAUUCUUUCUCUUCAUCAUCACUUCCAAAAUACAUGUCAGCAGGAAAGGGAAAUAGUUUUGGUGGAAACUUUAGUAUCCAAGAAAGAAUGUCUUAUUAUAAUCGUGUGGACGAUGAAGUCGAAGUUCCAUGUGGAUUCAUGAAGGAAUUUCCAGUUAGUAACCAUGACAGAAUUGCCAUGGAAAGUUGCAAUGGAGUAGUGGUGGUCUCAGCUGUGUUCGGCGACCACGACAAAAUUCGGCAACCCAAGGGACUUGGAUCAAAAACCCUAGAAACUGUAUGUUUCUUUAUGUUUGUAGAUGAACAUACAUACAAAGGUCUUAACUCGCAUAACCUCCUUACGAACACAGCUGAGCAAGAACAAAAUUUAGGUGCAUGGAGAAUAGUUAGAGUUUUCGGGGAACUUCCCUAUACAAAUCCUGCAAUGAAUGGAGUUAUACCUAAGCAUUUGGUUCAUAGACUGUUUCCCAAUUCAAAAUUUAGUAUUUGGUUAGAUGCUAAAUUACAGUUAAUGGUAGACCCUUUGUUGUUGAUACAUUCUCUUGUCAUAACGGAGAACGUCGAUAUGGCUAUCUCUAAGCAUCCCUAUUUUAUUCACACAUUAGAAGAAGCUAUGGCUACUGCAAGAUGGAAAAAAUGGUGGGAUAUUGAUUCGUUGAAGAAUCAAAUGGAAACUUAUUGUGAAAAUGGAAUGAAGCCAUGGUCACACAAGAAGCAACCUUAUCCUUCAGAUGUACCUGAUACAGCAUUAAUACUAAGAAAACAUGGAGCUGCAAACAAUCUUUAUUCAUGUCUGUUGUUCAAUGAAUUGGGAGCGUUUAACCCAAGAGAUCAACUGGCUUUUGCAUUUGUUAGAGAUCAAAUGAGCCUAAAGUUGAAGAUGAAUAUGUUUGAGGUUGAAGUGUUUGAACAGAUUGCCAUUGAAUACAGACACACCAUUAAACGUGUUGGUGGUGGAAGUGGGCAAUCAAAGAAUGUGGGAUUAAAAACAAAAAUGGCCACCUCUUCACUAAAUUUACUACCACAGAAUGAGACUAACAAUAGAAAUGGAAGGAAAUGUGAGAAGUAUCUAUUGGAAAUAUGGGGAGAUUUUUCCCAUGAAUUGAAUUGAUUACUAUUUUUUAUUU